GGUGCGAGCAAGAUCCAGGUGUUUUCAAAAUAAAUUUGUAUAGAAGAACCACCGCAUCAGGGAAAAGAAUUAAGUAAUUGGUGUUUUAUUGCGUAAUUUGUACAAAUAAAUAUGUGGAUAUGGAAUAUCAAUUUAAAAACAUUAGUAAAUAAACCCAUUACUCCUUAAUUGAUUUCUUGAAAAGUCGCGGGAAUAAUUUUCAGAAUUGCGUCGUUAUUGUGUACAGAAACCAGUUUAAUUACACGUUUGCCUAGUGGGAUAAUAAUGGCGCUUUUGCAUUAUUAAAUUAACAAAAAAUGAACACACUGUUGACAUAAUGCCUAUUUUAUCAAGACAGAAUGUGAUAGUCAUGUUGCCAGAUUUAAUACAAAAGCUGGAAACAGUCUCCGUGGAAGCCGCUCCUCACGCGAGUAUGGAUACAACAAGUAACAUCGUGUCUGCCCUUGAAAAGACACUAGAUAGUGCUAAAGAGAUAGUCCUAGCAGACGAGAAACAGUUGGAGCCGCCCCCCACGGAGCAAGUCAUAUAUCUGUGUGCCCCAACGCCUGAUAGCGCUACCGAGCAAAAUGUUUACUCGUCGUCUGAGAGCGACGAUGAAGACUUUAUCGUCAAUGAAUCUUCUUUUGAAGAAAAUUCAGAGGAUUACGAAUCAAACCUGUUUGAAGUAUUCGUUGAUAUAAACCAGACAACGGGGGAACCGGACGGGGGCUCGAUCAGCUCCUACGAGGUUGAGAACGAAGACAAGAGAAAUUCGCUGCCCAUCCCUGACGGUUGUCGAAGUCACCGACGGCGGUCUUCGCGCUGGUCGGCCACGGUGCUCUUUCUAGCAUCGGAAGUUCAGAUGAUGGUCAACCUUGCCCAACUCUCGCCGCCAGACGGAUAUGAGUUGGCACCAAAGAAAAAGGGAGACCCUGGCGACGAAGACAACAUGUCCGACAAAGACAGCGCCGUAGUCAUUCAGCCAAUGGACAAUCAGGACUCAAACAGCGACCGACCAAUCAGCGAGCCCCACACAACUCCUGUUAAAGAAUACUCAAAUGGUGACCUAAUUCAAGUGAUCUGUGAUAACAAUGAUUUACCUCCCCCUUAUGAAAACCUUGACAAUAACGGCACGGGUGAUAACGACAAAGACAGCAAUGACAAAGAAGAUAACCAUUCCCUUAUUAGUGAGAAAAGUGAUAAACCGCAAGCGGCCGAGACUGAGGAUGCUGACAGCCUGUGCAGCGAGCCGCACCCUCCCCAUGAGGACUGGGGCCACAAGGCCGAGUACCUGCUGGCUGUAAUCGGGUACGCUGUGGAUCUGUCCAAUGUGUGGAGGUUCCCCUACCUCUGUUAUAGGAACGGCGGAGGUGCUUUCAUUAUUCCAUAUUUCACGACCUUGGUAUUCGGCGCUCUUCCAAUCUUUUUCAUGGAGUUAUGUCUGGGUCAGUUCCACAGAGAGGGACCAAUAACUGUAUGGAAAAUAGCCCCAAUCUUCAAAGGGAUCGGUUACGCCUCGUGCUUUAUGGCGUACAUUGUUGCGUUUUAUUACAACGUCGUGAUUGGCUGGGCCUUCUACUACCUGUUCUCCUCUUUCACGAUGGACUUGCCCUGGCGCCACUGUGAUAGAGAGUGGAACAGUCCACAUUGCUGGCUGUUACAGGGGGGACAAUUUAACACCUCAGAGAACCAGACCACGAGCAAUAUGACGCACGCUGUGUCGUCAUCAUACGAAUUUUUUGAGCGGGGAAUGCUGCACCUCCACCUGAGUAGCGGCCUUGAGGCCCUGGGAGGGGUGCGCUGGGAGUUGGUCCUCUGUACGCUUCUCACCUUCAUCUGCCUGUACUUCUCUCUCUGGAAGGGCGUGAAAAGCUCAGGAAAGGUAGUGUACAUCACGGCGACGAUGCCGUACCUGAUCCUGACCAUCCUCCUGGUGAGGGGGUGCAUGCUGCCGGGUGCGGGGGAGGGGAUCCUAUACUUCAUCACCCCCAAACUGGACAGACUUAACGACCCCAAUGUAUGGAUCGAUGCGGCAGUCCAGAUUAUGUUCUCCAUCGGGGCGGGAUUCGGCACCCAUAUUGCAUAUGCCAGUCACAACAAGUUCAACAACAACUGCUACAUGGACUGCCUAUUCACGGCGGCCGUCAACAGUUUCACGAGCAUUUUCUCCGGAUUUGUAGUGUUCUCCUAUCUGGGUUACAUGGCGGACAGGCAGCAGAAGGGAAUAGACGAGGUCGCACAGGAAGGUCCUGGCCUGGUGUUUAUUGUGUACCCGGAGGCCAUAGCCACCCUGCCUGGAUCCUCCGCCUGGGCCAUCAUCUUCUUCAUCAUGCUCAUUACGCUUGGCAUGGACAGCGCGUUUGGUGGCCUUGAGUCCCCAUUGACGGGCCUCUCUGACAAGUUCUACCACGUGUUUAAAAACCGAUACUACCGCGAGAUUCUCACGUUCGUCGUGAUUGGCUCCGCUUUCCUCUUCUCCAUUCCCUGCAACACAUGGGGCGGUAUGUACGUGUUUAAGAUCCUGGAUACGUUUGCGGCCGGCACGUCCAUCGUGUUCACGGUCCUCUGCCAGGUUGUCGCCGUCUCUUGGUUCUACGGUAUCGAUCAAUUCUGCGCAGACAUCAAUCAGAUGAUCGGUUUCCGACCGGGCCUCUACUGGCGGGUCUGCUGGAAGUUCCUAAGCCCGGCAUUCCUCCUGGUGAUCGUCAUCUCGAGCAUCCUGCACUACAAACCGCUGGUGUACGAGGGCUCUAGUGAAAGUUACGUGUACCCUGGCUACGCUAACGUGCUAGGUUGGUGUAUCGCCGCCAGUCUUAUGGCCAUCAUACCCAUAUACGCCCUCUACUACAUAUGUUCCGCCAAGGGAAAACUGCAGCAGCGUGUUGCACUCGGAAUUUCACCGAAAUGCGAACAUAAAGAAAUAAUUGAAAAACAGGACGUAAAGCGAUUUAAGAGACAACACUGGCUGUACAUAUGAGGGGAGGAGGACUAGAAUCGCCAUCAUUGUUCAAACAGAAACUGGGGACCAACUUUUAUACGGAUGUUGUUUUUUACUUUCCUAUAUGGACUGUU